AUGGACAAAAUAACCAUACCCAGCCCUAACCCGGACGCAGAGGCAGGUCCCGAUGAACAGCUUCUACCAGAGGAAGAAGGACGGCAAACACUGCAUCAGAAACAGCCCAGUCGACGGCGGAAAACAGGGAUUAUCCUCUUGCAGAUCAUAGCUCUUGCUUUGGCUUUCAUCACAGGAAGUACAGCUGGCUAUAAAUGGAGGGGAGAUCUUGACCAUCGGUGCAGGAACUUUGAGGAGGUUCGGAGAUGGGCAGAGGAGAAUCAACUUUCGGAGAACGUGCCGGAUGAUUUUCUGGCUCGUCCGAAGAGAGGAGAUAGGGUUUAUGAAGAGAUUCCUUGA